UCAGUUGAGAAACGCCCUUAUGACCUGCAAUGUCUUCAGUUCUCGAUGAAAGAGAGGCUUAUUUGAACAAUCCUUACUUCAAGAAACACGAAUACGGUGACUUCACACCAUUUUACAUUAUAGUAACUGUUUGUUCAGUGGUUGGAUUUUCAAUAUUCCUACUGAACAUUAUUUUGGGCUGUUGCUCCAGGUAUUCAGGAUAUUGGAACGAUAGGCACACAGGUAACCGCUGGAUAGCUUCGCUUUGGUCUGCAACACCUCGUAAUCAACCUCCUUUAGAUUACACUGAAUUGCAAGAUAUUUCAGUAUCUCAGCAACACGUGGUGUAUCACCAUCCACCUGCUACUCCUCCUCCUCAAGAGUUUUUAGAACUUAAGAAAAGAGAAAGUGACAUUUAAAUAACUUCAAAAUGUUUCAUAUAUUUUGGCCAGCUGUGGCAUGUCUUACCCUAUUUCUCAUUGUGGGUGUCAUCAUGGUCUUAUUGAGGUGGGGUCCUAGAAUUUGCCGCACCAGACACACUACUUUACCAGAAAGAGUGGACUGGCAGCACAAAAUGUAUGAGCACCCUAUUCAGUAUUCUUGAAGAAUUGGGUAAUAAUUUUAUACAUGUCACGCCAAUAAAAGUGGGGGAAGGAUUACUAAAUCAGUAAUUAGUAUAUUCUUGUCAUCUUAUAUUUUAAUGAGUGUAGUAUUAACUUUAUUUUCAUUAACUAAAAUCAUAUUUACUAGACAGCACUAUACUAUAUAUUUUCAAGAAAAAUGUGGGUGGAAUUAAGAUUAUUGUAAAAUGUUUUUACUAAUAUAUUCCAGAAGAUUGUCCAAAGUUAAGAUUCCAGAGCGCACAUUCGGCACGAUUGAAUGCAGGUUAGCUAUGGGGAUGAGGAGAGCAUCUCCUGGCUGGUGGAUAUAGUUAGUAUCCAGCAGCUAUGGAAGGGCGCUCUUUCUAAAAUAUAUCAUAUCUGUGAUGUCUGAUGAUAAUUGCAGACUUACUGUUGAUGAGGUUCUCACUAGAUUGAAGGAAAUGAACUGUGGUCUUUCAACCUUGAAGUGCACAAUUCUUCACAAGGAAUUUUCAGGCCUUGGUAGCAAGCACACGCGACACACAAUAAACCCUUACAGUGGAGGGAUAAAUAGACCACCCACUUUGGACCUACCCUACCUACUAAUAUGAUAGAAUUGGAACUUCUGGCGUAGAAUGUAUCCAACAAAAUACUUUUUCCAUGCAGUAAAACUAAUACUUUUCUUAUAGUUCUGUGAUACUUUUCUCUGAAAAAUGUGUUACAGUUCUGUGACAAUAUUCUCAGAAGAAUAUAGUAACUAUCUUAUAGAUACUUACUAUAUGGCAUUAUUCAGUAGCAAUAUAAGAACUGAAUCGUGAAUGAAACGGACAUUUUUCUGUUUAUUCUUUGACAUUUAAUUCUGCCCAUAAUUUCAAUGUCCUCAUAUUCAGAGCAUUGUCUGAAAAAUAUCAGUUUUAAAUUACAUUAAUGUGUGCUAUAUAAAGUUCACUCAUAAGUUAUACUUCGAUUUCAAUCUUAUUCGAAUAUUGACUUAUUAUUUGGUAGUUUUUGAUUUUGACAUCCUAUUAGGGUUUUUUUCUUCAAUAUUAAAUAGUAGGUUUCGAGAUUACUACAACAUAGCAAGUGUUAAUUCAAAAAUACAUUAUUCCAAAAAGCUGUUUGUUCUCCAAUAUAAACAGAAAUUAUAACAAAUGAUAUCUGAAAAUUUAACUGUGCUGUAUGUUUAUGUGCCUUCUUCAGUGAAUCUCUUUCCGUCCAUUUUUAUACUUUUUAUACUUUGUUACUUUACAUAAGAAAUAAAGACUAUAUGAAAGAA